CGGGGGCCUUAAAUUCAUGUAAUGCAGAUUAAAAAAAAAAAAAAAACAAAACAAAAAAACAAAAAGAGAAUAUAUUAAAAGAUAUAAAAAGCGGCGUGUAAAUUAAAAAAUAGAAACGCUUCGGCAUCCGAUACAAAGGGAGCAAGACAUUACGCAUGACUACUGCGAAGACUUCUGUGGACUUUUUUUGCGACGAACACCACAUAGAUGUUUUUUACACAAGAUUGCACGUAUAAUGAAUGUUCAGCUGUCGAUGGAGAACAUUGGCGAUCUGCAUGCAGUGAGCCAUGAGCAGCUGUCCGCCACCGCUGACUUGAUGAGCGGUAGCAGUCCCCAUCACAGAAGCACGGUGACCCAUCGCAGCAACCACUUGUCAGCCCACGCGCGCUCCAUGGGCAUGGCAUCAAUUCUAGACAGCGGCGACUAUCAUCACCAUCGGCCCCCGGAACACGGUCUCGCCGGACACUUGCAUCCAGCCAUGACCAUGGCUUGCGAGGCUCCCCCCGGAAUGAGCAUGAGCAGCACGUACACCACGCUGACUCCCCUGCAGCCGCUGCCUCCCAUCUCUACCGUCUCGGACAAGUUUCCUCACCAUCACCACCACCAUCAUCAUCACCCUCACCAGCGGAUCCCCGGUAACGUGAGCGGCAGCUUCACUCUCAUGAGGGACGAAAGGGGACUGGCGUCUAUGAACAAUCUGUACAGUCCUUACCACAAGGAUGUUGCCGGCAUGGGACAAAGUCUUUCCCCCUUGUCGGGAUCCGGGCUGGGAGGCAUACACAACUCCCAGCAGGGUUUGCCGCCUUACGCACACCCGGGUGCCACAAUGCCCACGGAGAAAAUGCUCACACCCAACGGAUUCGAAGCCCAUCACCCUGCCAUGCUAGGCAGACAUGGGGAUCAACACAUGACCCCUUCUUCGGCGGCCAUGGUGCAAAUAAACGGAAUUCACCACCACCCGCACGCGCACCUGAACCCCCAGAGUCACGGUCAGGGCAUGGGCUCAACCAGAGAACCAAACCCGGGGUCUUUGCCUGGCUCGCAGGUCAAUAGUGCAUGCAAUUCAGGGCAAAUGGAAGAAGUCAAUACCAAAGAAGUAGCGCAGAGAAUCACCACAGAGCUUAAAAGGUACAGCAUCCCCCAGGCCAUCUUUGCCCAGAGGGUGCUGUGCCGGUCGCAGGGGACCCUAUCUGACCUGCUAAGGAACCCCAAACCCUGGAGCAAACUCAAGUCCGGCCGUGAGACCUUCCGCAGGAUGUGGAAAUGGCUGCAGGAGCCUGAAUUCCAGAGGAUGUCGGCGCUCAGGCUCGCAGCUUGCAAGAGAAAGGAACAGGACCACGGCAAGGGAGAGAGGGGCAGCAUCUCCAAGAAGCCGCGGCUGGUUUUCACGGAUGUCCAGCGGCGGACUUUACACGCAAUAUUCAAAGAGAACAAACGGCCAUCCAAAGAGCUGCAGAUCACCAUCUCUCAGCAGCUGGGCCUGGAGAUCACCACCGUCAGCAACUUCUUCAUGAACGCACGCCGACGGAGCCUGGACAAGUGGCUCGACGAUGGCUCCAGCUCAGCCAACUCCUCUUCCUCAUCUAGCACUUGUACCAAAGCAUGAAAGUUCCAGACUGAAAUCUCGGUGGAAAAGCUUUAAACUAAAAAAAUACCUAUCAAAGACCAGGACCUCUAGACAGCAGUUUUGUCCUUAAUCUUGUUUGAAAGAAAAAAUGAUAAUAGUGAUGUUUAUAGUAUCCAAAAAAACCAAAGACUUCUUAUACUUGCGUCUUUGUUCUGCAACGCAUUUUAUUUAGACAUCUUGCAAAAGAGAGAGAUAAAAAUCACAAAAAAUUCCCAUAUUGCCAGUCGCACUCUUUAGCCAUCUUUAACCUUCCAUUUCGCACCCUUCCUGUUCCCGAAUCCCCCUUCACUUUCAUUGGUUUAACUAAAGGUUUUUGCGAUUCUUUUGAUCACUGACUGAUCCACGAGCCGCCACACUCUUGUUGCCACCUGUACCGCCAGAGGCGUGUGACGGUAGCAGGAGAGGCGUGCUGUGUACAUACUCGCGAGAAGAGCUCAUGGAGGACCGACCCAAGUCAGGAUUCCCCAGUGGUCAGAUUUGAACUUUCCUAGAGCCGCUUGGGCUCUUUUUUCGAUGGUUCCUCUCUUCCUCACCGGUCAGGAACCCUGAGAUACUGGGUAUAGUUCCAGGGUAGUAGUGCUUUCUUCCCAGCUGUUUUCAUAAAUAUCAAAUUUUUAAAAAGUCAGCUAGACCCACAUAUAAACACAUUAAUGAUAUAAUGAUAAAUCAUACCAAAGAAUACACUAGCUACUUAUUUAAAAUAUUUAAACGCAAACACUGAAUGAGAAAUGAGAAAUCAGCUAGGUAGACAGGAGAAAUAAGACAACUAUUGACUUUAAAGUAUCCAGUACAAAUGGAUAAUAAUAUACCAAAUUUGAAAGCUUUUGAAAUUAUGUGUUUAAUCAUAGAGAAUAACUGACUCUAUGAUUUUCACAGUGAAGCCAUCAGACACCGUAUUUGAACUGCACCAGUCCAUUAUUCAUAAUACCCACCUAGAAUAUUAGCUAUACAGUCUUUUUACAGCUGUUCUCUGCGAUAAAACCAAAGGUAAUACUAUAUUGUUAGACUGUUGUUAUACAAUGUCAUAUUUUGCCAUCUGUAACACUGGAGGUGCCCUUAUAUUAAUAUUUUGUUUCAUUUAGUAAACAGUAUUUUCAGGGAGUAAACAGUUCUGCAUGAGCUUUAUAAAUAUUUUGUAUCAAAACUUUUUUAUCAAAUAUGUAAGAUGCUAACAACCAAAGACUGACUAACCAGCACUUUUUCAUCAACAUGUUUUGUUCGGUAUUCAGAAAAACACGUCCUGGAGAUCAUUUAUGGUGUCGACAAGAUGUUUGAUCAGCAGUAAGACAUGUCGCUCUGUCAUCCAAAGACAGUGUGUAUUUUUAAGUUGCAGGCAAUAUUUUUUAGGUUUUUGUAAUAGACGAGGGAUGAUUGCAGUUUUUUAUCUGCUUAGGGAUUAUGUUAUGGAAAUAAGGAAACUUAUGAUUUUGCAAAACAUAUUGUUGGUUUAUUAUAGGAUUGAACUAAAAGGUAUCUUGUCAUAAAAUUAGAGGCGAAUGAUUUAUAUCUCAUUAUGUCCGUAUUUUGAAAGAAAAACUUUGAGGUUUGCAUAAAUGGGAGCAAUUUGCAGACUGAGUGGUGUCGUCCAAUGAUGAGCCCAGAUGGUAGCGAUUUCGUUUUUGUUUCGAUUUGUUAGAAAACUGGGUUGAGGGGUUGGGCUGAUAAAGGAAGAGUGCAGGGCCUUAAAAUGCUGACAGCUGUGCAGCAGGUGAAUGGAUAUCAAAUGCAAAUUAAAGGCACAUCAGUGAAAUUGUUGUGGAAACAAGUCCUGUACCAGUGCAGGGGAGCCUGGGACUCAGGACUAUAAACAAACACUGAAGCCUUUGUUUUUAAGCGUCAGCCCUGAAUUGGCAGCCAUGCACAGUAAUAAGUAACAUAUUAAUUACGUUAAGCACCUUUGGGUUUAAGCAUGCAAAAUAUUAAUUCCAAUUGUUUUUAAUUCAGUAAUUAUAAAAUAAUAGUAUGAUUUUAGAUAUACAAAAAUAUGUUACCAUCAGACCCCAUGGCUGUAUCUUUUACUCUUCAAAUUACUCCUACGGCAAAACCAAAGAUAAUUUAGAUCCAGGCCACAAAUCGUCUUCAUCACGGGGUGUGUGGCUCUGCGGGUUAAGCCUCUGUACCUGUGAUCAGAAAGUCACUGGUUUGAGCCUGGCCUUGGCACACUCGUGGGUCCCUGAGCGAGGUCCUUAACCCCCAGCUCCCUGGGUGCUGCUAUGGGUGGCCGCCCUUUUGCGGCCAGCUUGCUCUCACCUACAGAGAGUAAGUUGGGGGAGGUGUCUAGAGCGUUGCCCCAUGGGGAUCGAUUAUGUGCCAGUUACAGUUAUGAAUUUCUGUGCGAUAAUCUACAUAAACAUUAUGGAUAAUAUGAAACAAACAAAAUCUGCUGUUAAUCAAUCAUGCUUUUCAAACAACCAAAUAGUUACUUUGACAAUAUUUAUCAUUAAUUUAUUAUAAGGAUAUAUGAAUAUUAUAACUAACUGAAAGGGUUACCAUAUCUCAAUGUGGUAAUGAAUAGCUACCAUAUAUCUGUAUAUUUGGUGAAUAUUUUUGCCACAUAACCUCAGGUGAUGUAUGUCUGUCAUGUGAAAUGUUAUCAAUGUCUAGCAAAAUGAGACAAAAUUCAUCCAUCUUGGCCUGUUUUGGACUGCAAGAUACGUCAUAGCUCUAUGCCUUGUUUACAUUAUUUGAGUUGUUUAUUUCUUAAUGCAACCUAAGAUAUCUGAAAAUUAUUCAGUUUUGACCCUUAACAAUACUUGCCUUUGCCAUCUUCUUCUUUAAAAGAAUUUUUAGUGCAAUAUUAGAUGUUUUGUUUGUGUUUUUGAUUAUCCUCAUUAGUGUCACUGUGCUACUGUUUUGGCUUCCUUAAGGUCAGCUUUUGUUAUACAAUAACCCAUCAGAAUUCCUUGUAUUUCCUAACCAAAGCCUAUUAAAAGGGGAUGCAGCGAUGCCUGGGACUGCAGCCCGUAUACCCCGCCCACUCACUUCGGACCAUGGUUGAAAAGAGCAAACUGGAACUAUGCAUGUCACUACUGGGAAGAAAGCACUACAGAAAUCUGUCCGACAUGGGGUCAGGUGCACCGAGCUGUCAGAGCCUGAGUGGACACAACUCCGCCAGUGCUGUUGGUGGCGUGGUUACCUUCAUGGAAAAUAUUUGGAAACUAUUAACUAAUAUGGCGUCCACAAAGAAAAGUUUAGAAAUGGCUUUCUCCUCUUGUAAAAACAGAAACAAAUAGUGUAAAGAUGUACUACUAUGUAUAGUGUGAACCAAAGACACUACCUCAUUCAAUUUCCAUUUGUGAUUCUUUUUAUCACUUUAACGAUACCAAAGAUUUUUCUUGCACGGCCUACAUGACUGGUGUGGUGGAUAGUUGGCGUCUUUUUCCCUUAGAUAACCCCGCCCCCAGCCCUAAAACCCCGCCUCCACUUCAGUGUUUUCUACUCCGCCCCCUUUUUUCUGUCUAAUUUCUCUGCAUUAGUGACCUGAUUAGAAAGCUAUAGGCAGACAUGUUGCAGAUUCUGUACGACUCACAGGACGAGUGCCUUGCUUAAACCAAAGUGUUAAACCGCUCUUGACCUCUGCGUUUUCACCUUUUACUCUUUGAAUACCUCAGCCUCUUGAGAAGGGCCGCUGUAGAAGAAAAAAAGGAAUAAUUCUUUCACCGUGGUGCUUUUGCCAGUGCAACCAUGCAAUUAAAACAUACCAAAGGAUUUUUUUCCCACACUUUUGCUGACAAACCAAAGCUGUUUAUCCCCUUUUCCCUCUCUAUACCUUUUCGUCUGCCCCUUGUCUCACUGUCCAUGUCUGUUAGAGUCUCCACCAUAUAGGUUGUGCAUCUUUUUAACCUGUCUCUGAAUACCUCAUAGUAGUAAACGCUUAGAGUUAUGUUGUACAAGUCUAUGUAAUUAAAGCAGAACUCUGCUAGUUUGAUAACUAUUGAUGUUACUUCUGAAAAAGGCUUUUUAAAUUGUAUUUAUUUUGAAGUUUUUUGCAGAAUUACUCUGUUUUUGGUCAUAGGUAAUAUGCUCUGUGGAUUGUGGUGGAGGCUAACAGGAGGCGAACUAAAAAGCAGACCUAUUUUUUAUUAAGACUGUGUUACGAUAAUAUUCUGACGAUAGUAGUCUGUUGUUUUCUACAGGGUAAAAUGAAUUGUUGUGAUGUGUUUUUUUUUCUCUACAGUGUUGUAAUUUGAUUUAAUUUAAUUGCAUUUUGUAUCACUUAAUCAUUGCUUUAAUUUAUGCAUUUGUAGAAAAUAUAGAUUUGUAUAUAGUAUGUUUUGGAAAAAAAGACAAAAAAAAUCCAGUUUUAUGUUACAAUCUUAUUUUUUCAUGCUUAGAUAUGAAGAAGCGGGAUUUUGUAUUCUUCUUCAUGGGUAUCUUAGCGGGCACUUCCGUACGUGUUAGAGACACUGCCAGGUAACAAAAAUGAGUGAGGAAAAGGACUGGCCAAUGAGAACAAAGUUUUAAGGGAGCUACUUUGCUAUUCCAAUGGCACAAGCAGUGUACAUCUUUAUUUAAUUCUCUCAAGUUUUUAAAGAUAGUUUGUUUAAGGGUAAUACUGCACAUCCAAAGAUUUAUAAGACCAUUUAAAAAAAAAGAAGAAAAAAAAGUUUAAUGUCUAAAAGCACUGGCAUUUGUAAGGUAGAAUCGUCAUUUUAAUUUGCCAUCCGCAUGGGUAUAGAAAGUAGGCAGCAUAGGACUGCAUAGGACAAGCUAAUUUUACGAUUUGAGGGGAAAUAAACCUGUUAAAUGUACAAUCUGAAGGUGUUGAUCCGAGGGCUGCAAGUCCUUCUCACUUUGCUGCCUCAUGCAUAGAGUGAGUCAGAGUGCGGGCAGGGCAGCCGGUCUGCCAAGGAGCUGUGGCAUGUCACCGGGGAUCUUUUCUUUGUGUGGCACCGCUGCCUCACUCUGUCUAGUAUCUAUUAUUUUGGUGCGUACUCGUGUAAUGACAAUGAGCAAAGUCUAAUAAACCUACAAAGAAACUCACCAAGGAAUCAGUUUGUGUGUGUGUGUGUGUAUGUGUGUGUGUGCCUGUGUUUUUUUUCUUGUUGGCUUGAGUGUAUCAUUGAAAAUUUUUAUGGAAAUUACUUGAAUUACCUAAUAGCUUUUAUUUCUGUCUUACCACUGAACACAAUGGAAAGAUCUAGAAAUCAGUACAGGAAUAAUAUGGGUUUGUUACUGAUCCAGACUUUCAGUGGUUUCCAUAGUAAUUUGAAAAAUAGUAUGUUUUAGACCCCCAUUACAGACACUUAGCCGUCAUAUUACCGAUAGAUGCUUUUUAAUGCAUAGUUGAAAAGGCAAAGCCCUCACAGACUAUAUUUAUAGUAGAUGACUCAGUUUUAGGGAGAUCUACUGGAUUCCCAGGUGAAUUUCUGUGGAAUGCUGAAUGGCAUUUCAAUUACAUUCAACUUUGUUUUGGAUUCUGGUAUAGCUCUGCUUUGGAAUAGAUUAACUUUUCUGAUGCUCUGAUAAAAAUUAAAGCAUCAAAAGUAAUACAUUACAAUGCCACUACAACAUCAUUACAGUGACAAUACAUUCAUCUUUACUUCACUGGUCCAGACAGAAAUUGGGAUCACAAAACACUUGACAUGUGCUUUGUCCAGUCUAAAAAUUCCUUGAAGGGGAGGGUUGUAAUUGUCUGAAUGCAUGCAAAAAACAUACCGUACAAUAUGACUUCAUCUUGGUCUGGAGAAACGUUUAUUUGUUAAGAAGGCUGUUGUCCUACCUGAAUGCCAGUGGCUUUUUAAUCAUCACCAGUGUAGCAGGAAUUCAAAAGUGAUUAAAAAUGAAUCACCAAGUGGUAGAUCACUUGAUUCAAAAAAUAAAAAAAACAAACAAACAAACAAAAAAAAAUCAGAAAGCGCCAAAGACAAUCAUCUGGUAAAAAUGAAAAGUGGGGAACUUGUAGAUCCAUUGAAGAGCAGUCCUUCAGGCUAUGAAAGACACAAUGAAGUCAGACAGUUUUUGAUAAUGGAAAAACUAUUGCUGACUUUUUAUUAUAUUGGAGUAGUUGUUUGUGUUUACAUUCUAAAACUGAGUGAUUAUUGUAUGAAAAAGUAAUGAUUUAUUGCAAUUUUGCCAAUGUCUCCAUCCCUAUUAUCUGUUUUCUUAUCUUUCCUGUUACAGUAUUUUCCAUGUAUUUUUGUGUGUGGCAAAAUAAUGGGCUAUCCAAUGGAUAUUACUCCCAGGUUUGUAUUUUUGUAAUGCACCAAGACUUUCAUUUAUAAGAUUUUUUUAAUGAUUUCAUUCUUUUUAUUUCGCUCCAGCUGUGCUACUGUCUCUCUAUGCCGUGCAAUAUCAUCUGCUGUGUUUGCUAAGUAAAGAAAUAGAAGCAAGUGUCAUGUCAUUAGG